UUCACCUUAAACGUUUUGAUGCAACGUUGAUUGGUAAAUCAGCGGUCCUAACGUGAACUUUCACGGAGUUAAAAAAAAAGAAAGAAAGAAAGGUGGACUUUGGUAUAACAGGACCUUAUGUAAAUAGGCACGAUGUUUUAGUGCAAGCAUGACCUCUGUCCUGGGGCGCCGUCUUGUAGCAUGUCUUCUGAACAUCUCUGAGGCUCGGGAAAGAGAUGUGGUGGAGAAGGUGGCGCAUGCAGCCAUCACCCACCAGCAUGGAGGAAGACGAAAAGGUGCGACUGUCCUGAACAUCUUCAGCGAUCGUGACUACAACCGUUCUGUUCUCACCAUUGUGGCCGGCAUUGAGCUAAUCGGAGAUGUGGUUCUGUCGGCAUCUGAGCAAGCGUUCUCGCUGAUCGACAUGACCGCACAUGAGGGAAUCCACCCUUGCAUGGGAGCUGUGGAUCUUGUGCCUUUCUACCCUCUGGGAGAGGAGGUAAGCUUGGAGGAUUGCGCAAAGGAGGCUCAAGCUGUAGGUACUGCUCUGACUGAGCGAGUGCCAGGCACCAGUGUGUUUUUCUUUGGUUGGGCAGAUAAACCACUGCAGCGUGGCCUUGCUCACAGGAGGAAAGAGCUUGGCUGGUUCAGAAAGGUUCCUAACAUGGCUGCCAUCCGGCCAGACGUUGGACCGCCACCUGGAAGACGAUAUGGACUAACAGGCAUUGGAGCAAGCCCUUAUGUAAUGAAUUGCAACGUGACCAUCGAUACCCAGGAUGUCUCGUUAGGGCGGGACGUGGCUGCAGCCAUCCGGGAGUCCAGUCCAGGAGGAAUCCCAGGAGUGCAGGUCAUCGCUCUUCCACAUGAAGGGACAGUGGAAAUUGCCUGCAAUGUCGAAAGUGUCCCUGGUUCAGUUGCUGGAGCAGAAUCAUGGCCAGCAUUCAGAGUUGGGGAUCAGACAUUCUGCCACGCUCCAGCCUCACUCAUCACCACGCGUGUAGCUGAACUGACCGGACGUCAGGGUGUGAGGACACGAGGGAUGGCGCUGGUCGGGUUCACGCCGCUCGAGUGUAAGAGACUGGCGGAAACAGCGCUGUCUCAGGAUAUCGGUCACUUCUGGAAGGAGCUCCACGGAGUACGCAUGUAGUCCUGGAGCUUCCGUACAGCCGAGAUGAAUGACAGGCAUCUUCUUGGGAAAGAAACCGUGCUCUGUUAUCUAUAGUGGUGUACUUGUGAUCAGAGUUGUCUUAUUGACUUGUGUAACAAAAACAGCCAAAUAAACUCUCCCAAAUACCAAAACCAAAUAUUUCCCUCCUGUACUGAAAAUACACAUUUUACACUUACUUUUAUGCAUUACACACAACUGAAAAUCAAUGAAUAGUAGCACACAGUCAGCUUACCUAAGAUUCACAGCU